GUGAUGUACCUAGUUCGCCGUAGCACUACUGCUUUGUGUGCAGUGUGCAUAACUUUUAUAAGUUUAGGUCUGAAAUUUUAAUUGUAUCUAUUACUAGUAAAUAGUGCGUCAGGAGCGGUGAUCAGGAAAUGCAAGAUAAUAAUAUAUUAUGAUGUUCCAAGCUUGCACACCGCCCAACUAUUCAGAGCUAGCCGAAGCGGGUGUUUCUUCUGCACCACAGUCUGUCGCGGAGAGAAUACCACAAAGUGGAGGAUCUGAAAGCCAGAACUACGCGGAUGGAACGGGCUUGUGUACCCAAGAGCAGCUCAAGAGAGAAACGUCACCUUGGUGUCCUCGAUUUGGAUGGGAGAAUGUGACUACUAAUCGGGAUCCGCAGCAAGAAGCGACACAAGAAAAUUCCUAUUUUCCAAAGCCGGAAUGCAAGCCAGAACCAAAAUGGAUGCCGGAAGUGGGGCAAAACGCAAGUCGACCUUUCUUAGUUUCCGAAAAGCAAAGCCUGGAAACCAGUCUUCCUGUACAUAACAGAACAACAUUUUUUAGCAGGCUCCUCAAGGACCGACAACCGGGAAGGGAUUUAGAGAAGGACGGUUCUCACCAGUUUAACGAACUUCUCGUCAUAAAGAAUCUAUGCGAUUCUGAACUUGAUGGGGACCAAAUGUCAGCAGAUGGUUUCGCUAACGAUGCCGAUGUCCAGGAAGGGGCACACACAUUGCACGCCGAGACGCUCAAUUGUGAACUAAAUGACACCGAAAUGCCCAGUCAAGAUCUGCCCGAAAAGAUUAGCGAGAUCGAAUUCUGCCAACAAAUAAUGGGGGUUCCUAAGAAAAGAAAAAAGAAUCGCGGAAAGUCAGUUAAUGAGGAGUUUGAGUUUUACCCUGGGCAGUUUAAAUACCCGGAAAUCUGUCAACGUCUUAACCGGCCAAGAGCAACAUGGAAAGAGUGGCAAAUUAAAGAGAAAGUAGAUGCAGUUCGCUGGUUGAAAGCAUACCCGGAACACUUUACGGAAGAAACGCUCAAAGAAUGGGCAAUGCCGGACGAACAGUUUUGGCAGAUGUUUAUUGAUGGAAUUCGGCAGUGUCCCCGGCAGCCGCAAUCUGUUCAACCGGCACGAGAAAAUAAACCUGCGUAUGAAGCUCUGAGAGCUGCAAACGGUGUAAGAUCAACUUGGAAUGAUGCCACAUCAUCUGACACCGCUGCAAAUCAGGAAAUUGACGAAUUUCAGCAUAAGGAAACUGUGAGCGCACUGCAACACGGACCAAGUGAUACUCCAGUAGUUUCUAAAAGGCGAAAGAAGAGACAGAGGAAGCGAAACAAGCUAGACUGGUUGAAGGAAGUGAAGCCUUUUCAAUGGUGUUAACCGCACCCAGAACAGUAUAAGAAUUUUCGCCGUCUAUCGCCUACAACUGCAUGGCCAAACUGGAAUAUGAGGAUGAAAGUAGAAGCGGUUCGCUGGUUAAAAGCGUUUCCCGAGCAGUUGACGGAUAAUGAGGUCAAAGCGUGGGAAAUGCCGGACGAAAGAUUUUGGCCGGUUUUUGUUAAUGGCAUUUGGCAGAUGCCUGGGCAGGCGCCAUCUGCUGAACCAAAAGAAAAGAUAAUAUCGCGUCUGGAACCCCAAAAGAUGCGCAGCGUGUGGAAACAUCAUGGACGAAUGCCAUUUCAGUCGAGGCAAAACCGAGGGAUGCGAAAUCGCAUGACAGAAUGGACGAAGCUAAGCCGUUUCAAUGGUUUGCACCGUACCCAGAGAAAUAUAGGAGUUUUCGCCGUCUACCGAAUUCGGUGCCAACUAAGUGGCCAAAGUGGACUAUACGUCAAAAAAUGGACGCAAUUCGCUGGUUAAAAGCGUUCCCCGAGCACCUUACCGAUGCGACGGUAAAAGCGUGGGGAAUACCGGACGAACGAUUUUGGCCGACUUUUGUUAAUGGCGGAUGGUAGUUUCCCGGGGAGGCGCCAUCUGCUGCACCGACAGAAAAGGGUAAUACAUGAUACCGCACCGGAAACGCCAAAAGAUGUGCAGUGUAUGAAAACAUCUUGGACCAGUGCCGAUUCGGUUGAGGCUCAGCCAAGUGUGGCAAAACUGCACAUGUGGUAAAUAUGGAACCUAAGUAUGUACUCGUAUGUCAGCGGUUCGACAGUUUUGCGUAAAUUUACACAGGGAACUGUUAUAAUUGAUUGUGAAUGAAAAUAUUCAAAUU